AUGGUUAUUCAAGAUCGACAUGGCCGUCGCCGCCCCUUCGCAAAUUGGAUGAAGCGCCUUGCCAGCCUCAAGAACUCGUCUGGAUCUUCUUAUCCUAGCUCAUCGAACAAAUAUCAUGGUUCCCCCAGUGCGCUGAAGUGCAAAAAGGGCAACCAUCUCAAAAACAACUCAUAUCCACUCUCAGGGAAUGUUAACAAUAUGGAUAAUGGUCACCUAUCUUUCUCUGAACCUACCAGCGACCGACCCAACCAUCUUUCCCGUUCAGAACCUUCGUUUUCCGAACCUUGUAUGGAGCAACUUGCUUCGACUCUGGGCACGAAAUCUGCUGCUCCUACUCUCUCCACAAAUGCGGACACUACUAUGUCAGAUGCUGCCAAUUCUAAGGCUGGUACAAUGGCAACUACGGGCUGGGCAGUGGGGUCACAAGGCGGAGGCGAAGGGAGUACAUUUUCCUCACCCGCACCCUCCGUUCGAUCACUUACCACAACGCUUACGACCGUCCAAUCCGCCGCCCCAUCAAACCAAGUCCAUGGAGCGGUUUUUGGCCACAACGCUUCUUACAGUGCCAACCAGCAAACCAAUCUCCAGUUUAGCCAUCAGUUUCCUAUGUCACCCGUUACAGCAGUGCCUUCUCAUCUUGCUCCCCAUCCAACAACAUACAAUUCUGCAACGGCAAAUAACCUUCUGACGGAUAAUGCAUCUGUUUUGACACUGGCAUCAUCCUCCAAACGCCACCGUCGCAAUUCCCUCGAUACCAACGCUUCUGUUCGUGGUUUGGCUCCAUCUUCGAUAUUCAGUGGCAGCCGUGAGAGUUUACCUUUAAGCGUUCUAAGUGGCAAUAUGGGUAAUAUAGGUGUCCCUGGAGGAGAGCCAUCCAAUUCACCAAUCCCCAACGCGCCGGGAGCGUUGAACCGUCCUGGUCUAUCCGGUACUGAACGGGGUAGUGUAUAUUCAUAUUCCGGACCUACCUCGGGAGAGCGGACUAGCUAUCAACCUGGAAGGUCACAGCUGGGUGAUACAGGCAGCGUUACAAGCGGCCAUAAUUCACACCACCAGAGGAAUGAUAGCGCAGCUGGAAGUGUUGGAGGCAAUACAAUGAGCUACAUUUCUAUGUCCACUGCGCCAGGGCGAGCAAAUCGACGAAGUUCUGCAUGGGGAGAGGUCCCCAGCGCCAACGAUAGCGAGAAUGAAGGAGAUGAGCCUAACGGAGAUACAUCCGCGAACGGCAAAGCGAAGGCUAAUUAG